UAUUUAUAAUAAAUUAGCCCUACUUUACCAAUUCAGAUCAGACUUGAAAUGAAGGAAAAUCUAAAAUAAUUAUUCCAGUUUUAUCUUUAACAAAAGGGAACAAGUCUGGUAGACAAAGCAUAUUAUAUUUCGCGCCACAUAAACUUUAUCUUACAAUGUAAUCGCAGUCCUUGAAUAAUCCCCACUCAUCAAAAUUCUGAUUCAACUUUUUCAAUGGCAACCCAAAUCCCAGACUUAACUCUGUCAACCAACCCACUUUCCCUACUGCACAAAUGCAAAUCUUUAAACCAAGUAACCCAAAUCCAAGCCCAUUUCAUCAAAACCCAAACCCAUACCCCUACAUUCUGGGUCAACAAGAUAAUCAACCAUUGCACACUUGACCCGACUCCUUGUUCACUGAACCACGCCCACCUUCUCUAUAACCAAAUGCCUCAACCAGACACCAUUCUGUUCAACUUCAUGGCCCGUGGCUAUUCUCGCAGCCACACCCCGGUUCAAGCCGUUCUGCUUUUCGUUAGAGCGGUUUCUUUGGGCCUUGUACCGGAUAAUUAUACUUUCCCGUCUCUGCUCAAGGCGUGUGCCAAUGGUAAGGCUUUGGAAGAAGGUAAACAAGUGCAUUGUGUUGCGAUUAAAUACGGGCUUAGUGAAUGUGAAUAUAUAUAUCCUGCACUUAUUAAUAUGUAUACUGCUUGUGAUAACAUGGGUUUGGCCCGGUUUGUUUUUGAUCGGAUUAAAGAACGCUGUGUAGUGACAUAUAAUGCGAUUAUAACAGGAUAUGUUAGAAAUAACUUGCCAAAUGAUGCUUUGUUAAUGUUUCGUGAAAUGCAAGUUGGGUGUGUAAGGCCUAGUGAUGUCACCAUGCUUAGUGUUCUUUCGGCGUGUGCUUUAUUGGGAGCAUUAGAUACCGGGAAAUGGGUACAUGAGUAUGUUGAGGCAAGCGGGUUUGAUCAAUAUGUGAAAGUCAACACGGCGCUAAUUGACAUGUAUACGAAAUGUGGUAGUUUGGAUGAUGCAGUUUCAGUGUUUGAGAAAAUGGCUGUUAGAGAUACACAGGCGUGGUCUGCAAUGAUCAUGGCAUACGCGAUUUAUGGGCUUGGUCGGAAGGCGAUAUCUUUAUUUGAGAUGAUGAGAAAGGAACGAAUUACACCAGAUGAAGUUACAAUUCUAGGGCUUUUGUAUGCUUGCAAUCAUUCUGGACUAGCUGAUGAAUGUUUGACUUACUUUCAAAAUAUGAAGAGGAAAUUUGGGAUUUCACCAGGGAUUAAGCAUUAUGGAUGUGUGUUAGAUGCUUUAGGUCGAGCAGGGCGGUUAGAAGAUGCAUGCAAGUUUAUAGAAAAGGUCCCAAAACCGACACCUAUACUUUGGAGAACACUUUUAUCUGCGUGUAGCAGCCAUGGAAAUCUUGAAUUAGGAAGAAAAGCGUUAGCACAAAUCUUUGAGAUGGACCAAUCUCAUGGAGGAGACUAUGUUAUUUUCUCUAACAUGUGUUCAAGAGCUGGAAAACGAGAAGAGGCGAUAUACACAAGAAAAUUAAUGAAAGAUCGAGGAGUCAUGAAAGUGCCUGGUUGUAGUGUGAUAGAAAUCAAGAAUCAAGUUCACGAAUUCUUUUCUGGUGAUUGCACUCAGGUGGGUUAUUUAGACCUUCAUCGGUCUGUUGAUAAGUUGUUUGAUGAAUUGAAAUUGAGUGGUUAUAAACCUGAUGUUUCUUUAGUGGUUCACUUGGAUAUGAAAGAUGAUAAGAAAGAAGUUACACUUAGGUACCAUAGUGAAAAACUAGCAGUCACUUUUGGGCUAUUAAAUAGUCGACCAGGGGAAACAAUUCGUGUUAAAAAGAACCUGAGAAUAUGCGGGGAUUGUCAUUCUGCAUUCAAGUUGAUAUCCCUCGUAUGUGAUAGACAAAUAUUUGUUAGAGAUAUGAAUCGGUUUCACCACUUUGCAAGUGGGAAAUGUUCUUGUGGCGAUUAUUGGUAGAUGAUCUCAUGAAGCGUAUACUUUGGCUCGAGUUUAUCAGAUAUGAUGUGGAAGAAGUAAAGCACAGCAAGUGCCAGAAUAUGACUAGUGACUGGCCAAUUGCUAUACAAAUCAUAAGGGAAGCUUAAGUGGGUAGAUAAGAGGUUCAAAUCACUCAUUCACAACCCUGUUACGGUCGGCUCGGUAAGCUUGAGACUGCUUUGAUUGAACAGCAGGGGAUGCAGAGAUAUGCCUAAGGGAGCGAUAGCAAGGUGUUUUAGUGCAAAAGUUACUAAUGCGAUUGGUCAAGAGAUAAUGAUACAAGGGAUACAUGAUUAUCAACAUGUUACAGCCAGAAUAAAGUGAUAAACCAUUGACAACAUUCAAACUCUUCCAUUGGUCACAAAUACUUUUGGCCUAAUGGCACUAGUUAGGGAUGUUUACACCCAAGUAUUAUUUUAGGGUCGAAGUGUGAAAUUUGAGGACCAAAGAGUGAAGGCCCAGGAAGUUAAAUGGAGGUAAAGCGGAGAUUGGGAACAUGUAUACUUCAUUUUAUGCGAUUGAGGUAUAGAUUCGUAUAUGUUUUUCCUUUUUCAAUCACGAUCAGGUUGCUUUUCAGUUAUUCUCUCUGAUUUCAUGAAACUAAGAGUGAUGCGAUAUGGUUAAGUUUCCUUCUUUUUUUC